AUGUCUGAAAUUCCUCAAGGUUCCAACGUUUCUAUCUUUUCUAAGAACGAAAAGAAGGCCAAAGAGCAAAUCCUAAAGUUGGGUUUGAAGCCAGUCCCAGGUAUUUCCAGAGUUACUUUCAAGAAGAAGGACAACCAAAUCUUUGCCAUUGACAGACCAGAGGUUUACAAGUCCCAAGGUGGUAACUACGUUGUGUUUGGUGAAGCCAAGAUCGAUGACUUCCCUCAAAGAUUAGCCAAGGCUCAAGAAGCUGCUCAAGCUGAAGGUGUCUUGCCAGCUGGCCAAGAUGCUGUCUCCAAGGACCCUCAAUCAAUCCAAGCUGAUAUGCAAGCUGCUGCUGACAACGCUGGCAAGGAAGCUCCAGCUGAUGACGAUGACGAAGAGGUUGACGAGUCUGACUUGAAGGCUGAUGAUAUCGAAAUCGUUAUGCAACAAGCUAACGUCACCAGAGCUAAGGCUGCCAAGGCCUUGAAGGCGCAUAAUGGUGACAUUGUUAACGCAAUCAUGUCUUUGUCCGAUUAG